GGUUUUCUGAGAUUUCACUCCAUCCCUUUGCUUCUUCUUCUGUCCAGUGAGUUCCUUUCGAACGGUUCGAUCGGAGUCUCUGGAGUGUUCUCUGCCGUCCGAUUAACCGGCGAUGGGGUCGAUCCCCGAUCCGGGCGAGUUGACUGAGUUGACUCAGCCCAGCUUCGACGAGUUCCAGCGGCAGACGUCGCUGAUGACGAGCUGCACUCUUCUGUGGAAGGAGCUCUCCGACCACUUCACUUUGCUGGAGCAGAAUCUGAUGAAGAAGUCGGAGGCUUUGAAGCAGAUGAUCGAGACCCUAGACAACCAGACUCAGGCCUCGCUGGAGUCGCUCAAGCAUCGCGAGGUCACGAUCGAGGACAGCGUCAAGAUCGCCAUGGGGAAAGCUGAGGAGAGUGCCAAGUCUGCUCUGAUGUUGCUCGAGAAGGCUGGAGAUGGCGGUUCAGGCGCCGACGAUGGUGGUGAGGUCGACGAUGGUGAUGGCCUGCUUUCGUUGCUGAAAAGUUUCUGCCUAAAGAUGGACGCGAGAAAGUUCUGGAACUUCGUGACGAUGCGGAAGAAGGAGCUGGAGAAUCUCCGGGCACAGAUCCCGGCGGCACUGGUGGAAUGCGUGGAUCCGUCGAAGUUCGUGCUCGAGGCGAUUUCCGAGGUGUUCCCGGUGGACAAGAGGGCCGGGAAGAGCAGCGGAGACGAAGCCAGCGAGAAAGCUACCAAUGAUCUGGGAUGGGCUUGUGUGGUGAUUCUGGAGAGCUUGAUACCGGUAAUGGUGGACCCAGUGAUUGGGAAAUCACGGCUGCUGGUGACACCGAGCGUGAAGGAGAAGGCUAAGGAGAUCGCCGAGACAUGGAAGGCGAGCUUGGAGGAGAGAGGAGGGAUCGAGAACGUGAAGACCCCCGAUGUUCACACGUUUCUGCAACAUCUCGUGACUUUUGGAAUCGUUAAGAAUGAAGAUCUCACUCUGUACAGGAAGCUUGUGGUUGGAUCGGCAUGGCGCAAGCAGAUGCCUAAGCUCGCUGUCUCAGUAGGUUUGGGUGAUCAAAUGCCUGACAUGAUUGAAGAAUUAAUCAGCAGGGGACAGCAGCUCGAUGCAGUGCAUUUCACUUAUGAAGUUGGUCUUGUGGACAAGUUCCCUCCAGUUCCUUUACUGAAAGCUUAUCUAAGGGAUGCGAAGAAGGCGGCAGCCUCUAUCAUGGAGGACCCCAACAAUCCUGGCCGAGCUGCGCAACUGGCGGUACGCAAGGAGCAAUCGGCCCUUAGGGCAGUCUUAAAGUGCAUAGAAGAGUACAAACUCGAGGAAGAGUUCCCACCCGAGAAUCUCAAGAAGCGCUUGGAUCAGCUCGAGAAGUCCAAAACCGAGAAGAGAAAGCCUGCAGCCGUUCCAGCCAACAAGAGAACCCGAGCAAGCUACAAUGGCCCGAUGCCGCCAGCAAAGGCAGGACGUAUCACAAACGCAUAUGUCUCCUCCUUCCCGACCCCUCCCACUUACAUCCGGUCCCCGACCCACUCCCCUCAGUACGCCUCCCCACCAUAUGCAUCAUUCCCGCCGCCACCCACCACUGUCUACAGCAAUGGCAGCCCUCCAUAUCCGUACUCUCCUGAAGUGGGUCACAUCUCAUUCCCCGGCUCUCCGAUCAGUUACCCUGCACCUUACAGCGGCUACUGCAAUGGCCCGGCUCCUCCUCCUCCACCACCUCCGGCCUAUCACCACCACCCUCACCAGCACCAGCACCACCACCACCACCAGCAGGCUUACUACUGAACUGAUUAGGCAAGUGACCAAAAACUGGAAGAUGGGUAACCUUUACUGAUACAAGCCCGACAACUCUCUUCUCUGGUGUUCUCCCUCACUGGAUCUGCUUCCAUGUCUCUACGCCGUCUUUUUUGUCUGUAAUAAUCUUUUUCUCCUCCAAAUUCCGCAGCUAACUCUACCCUUUUCUUUAAUCUCAAGUAGCUACAUCUCCCGGUGUGUUUAAUUAAUUCUCUCUCUUAUUAUCGUCGCUGUAAUUCUCCCUAAUGCUCAGACCAAGUAUUGUAGGUUACUUAAUGUGACAUCUUAUGUUA